AUGGCUCAGAUUCCAAAGGAGGAAGCCUCGGCACCAGUGGGUGCAAAUGGACCAGUCGAUCCAACUGUCAAGGGAGGUGCCUUCAGUCAGACAACAGAAGCUGAGACUCCAUUCGGAUUUGGACGCGGAGAAGGAUUCGACAAGGGAGCCGACGAGAGCGAAUGGAUUGUGAACCGUGAGCGCACUUCUGCCGAUUCGACAUUCGAAAGUCUCGGACCAGUCAAUGGAUACUUGAGCGGAAGAGCCGCAAAGGAGCACAUGGUCAAGAGCAAGCUGCCAAACUCGGUGCUCGGAAAAGUUUGGAAGUUGGCCGAUAUUGAUAAGGAUGGAAUGUUGGAUGCUGAUGAAUUUGCAUUGGCAAAUUAUUUGAUUAAUUUGAAGUUGGAAGGACACGAAAUUCCAUCCGAACUGCCGAAGCAUCUCAUUCCACCAUCGAAACGUGGCGUUCAAGAUCCAGUUUAUCCAACUCUCAAUGAUAAUGAUGAAUAA